CACACAUACAUACACCCACACACCCCACAUGAAAAAGUGAAGACAUUGUUGAGGCAGCUGCAAACAUUCAAAAAUUGCAUUACCUUCCUGACUCAAAUAGCCAUAGAAUCCUAGCAUUGAAAGAAUCAUGUGAAAUCAUUCAGUCUUUAUAUAGAGAUAUAGAUAUAAAUUUUGAAAAAAAAGGAAAAAAAAAAGCCAAAAAGGUAGCAGGUGAAGUGCCUUGUCUAAAAUCAGGGUCAUCAACCAAGCCCAGCUCAGGCCUCAGGUCAUUUCUUUUCUUCACUCUUUCAUCAGCUAUUUCACAAGCACCAAUUUUGUGCCAGGAGCCGUGCCAGGCACCCUUGAUACAAGGUGGACAAAAACUGUACAAAGUUCCUCCCUCACAGGGCUUACAGACUAGCUGGGAAGACAGUGGUAAGAAUCACACAAAGGAAUGGGCGGUUUCCACUCUGAGAAGUGCUCCAUGUGAGAGAUCCACAUGCCAUUGGAGAGGGGGUCCUAGGGGCCAGGGAUGGUUCCUGGAGGAAGGCAUGAUUCAUUUGAGAGCGGAAAGGUAGGCAGGAGGAGAAGGAGAGAUGCUCCCCAGAUAAAGGGAAGUCUCCCUUCCUCACCCAGGAAGAUAUUUCCGACAGCGGUGUGCUGGAGCGGGCUCGGACAGGCUCUCACCUGCUCCACCAUGAGCUUCUCUUCCCAACUCCACACUCAGUGAGGUCACACUGGUAGCUUGAAAUUAGCCACGGUGGGAGUAUUUACACCCCAGAAAGCAGCAGAUGCUACAAAUCAAGGUCCCUCCCACUUUGGAGAACCGUCUUUACCAACACACCAUGGACUCCAACUACAUUCCACCUGCUUCCUGCUGUGGACAGCACAGACCCUGACCUUUAAGCCAAAUGCCUGUCCCCUUCCUGCAGAGACUCUUCCAAGAGCCUAUUCCCAGAAAGGCACUGUCAACAAGUGACUGGGGCCUUGCGGCUGUUUAUGUCACACCCUGGGCCAUCUGGCUUCUAAGAAAGAGCCCUUUCUUGUGGUCUUUGUCACCCCCUUGCCAUCUAAUGAUAUUUAUCAACCACCUCUAUGAGGCACUUGGUCAGGCAGAUCUCCAGUCAGGCUUUGACCUCUCAGGAAUUCGGGGCCUGGCUGAGGCUGCUAGGCUGACAUUGUUCUUCCUUAAUAUAACUCGGGCUGCUCGGGGCACAAGAACCAGGGGCUGAAAGCCCAGCCGAGGGCACGAGAUCAGGAGAUGGCACCACUACUGUUUUUCCCAGUCUGUUUCUAGGCACAGGAAACACCAGGUGAGCACAGGUCAGAGUUCACAAUAUAUAUGAUUUGGUCAAGUUUUAAAAACAACUGAUUCUACUAUCCUUGCACCCUCACUGUCCUUCCAGUUUUCUAAAGGGAUUUGCCAAAAGAAAGAGUGAGUUUUGAGUUCUUACAAAGACUGACAGGAAGCAAAGCAGGUGGACAUCGCAGAGGCGGGGCUUUACAGUGGAAGUACCUUUGUUUCCAGGGCAUGUGUGCACCUGUGUGUGUGUGUGUGUGUGUGUGUGUUUCUGUGUGUCUGCGUGGUGUCUGCUGUGCACACAGAAUAUGGGCUCUGGAUGAUGGUGCAGGUGCAGAUGAGGCAGUCAGCAGGGCUGUGAGAUGGAGAAUCUUGGAGGAAAAGACCAGCCAUGGAGUCUGGUUGGGAAAAGUAGCUGGACGCUCUAGAUGACUCCCUCUGAUCAGCUCCCAGCUCCCGGAUGGGAGCCCGUGAUGCUCACACUUGGCUCACCCUGGGGAGGGCACCCGCUGUGCUAUGGAAACUCAACCAUUUACUAGCUUAACCUCUAAUCAGAUUUAAAAGCUGGGUGACACCAGCCAGCAAGUCUCCCAGCCAGGGUUUUCAGUUAGAGCCAGGCAUGAGCAUGCAGGGAAUAAUUUCGGGGGUCCUGUGAAGCCGCCCAACGUUAUGUGCUCACAGCGCACUCUGGGCACCACCCCUUAGGUGGGCUGUGAGUCUCCAGAUGGCUUCCCUUAAAAGCAAAACCCAAAGUGAUCAGGGCGGCAUUACUAACACCUGCUCUUGAAUUAGAUUCUCAGAUUAUCAAACUGCACUCGCAGGGUGGAUGCACUGAGGGACAGAGGCUGCCCAAAGGGGAUGUCGGCGGGGGAGACCAGCAGGUGGGCCGCCAGGGUGGUAGGACAUGGUGAUGCCGCAGCGGUUGCUGUUUGUAGGUGCUCUGUAUUUAGAGCACAGAGGAGAUGAUGAAAGAGAGAGGGUGGCUGGAGGUCACAGAAGAUGUGCCAAAGGAGGUUGGCACAGGUGAGCUGCCCACAGUAAUGCAGACGAGAGGCGGGUGGAUGUGAAGACAGCCCCUGGCUGCUGUGCAGAGAAGCUACAUCCCCUCCCUGUUCCUCUGCUGACACUGCCUUGGAGUCCAGGGGUACCUACUGACCCUUCCGGCAAUGCGCCGUAAUUCCGUGGUCCUGGCCCAGAUCCCUGAGUCAGUGAGGCAGUCCAGAGGGCAGCCCUGUCCAGCCAUCCGUAGGGGGACUGUGGGCGGUCCCCGUUCUCCACGGCAGUUGUGCAGGUUGUGUCCUGUAUCAGGUAUCCGGCCGAGGGGGUGAGUGGGAGCUCUGCUGAUGGAAGGGCACCUUCCACUAAUUCACACAAAGGCUCCACAGGAUCUGGCUGCAGCCUGCCCCUGGGAAGCCCCCCUGGGUCCUGGAAGAGAGGCCACGAGAGAGGAUGGGAAGCCCAGAGAAGGGGGAAGUUGUGUACCGUGGGGCCAGGGGAGGGGCAGCCUUUCUGGGAGGGAAAGGUGAAGACUGAUGCUGCCUGCUUACCAUCUCCUAGAGCAGCACGGGGUUAUCUGUUUACUCCACCAAAAGCCACACGGUCUGAAGAUCAAGGGAUGUUUUCUUUAUUAACAUUGAAAUAACUAACGAGUUUAUGUUAUCAUGUGCAUUGUCUAAAUAUUGUUAAAUAAAAUAUCUUAUUGCCAAUAAUUACCCAAACAUUUCAGUGACACGGGACUCCUGCCAGAGGCAGGGAUGGGAUUCCAGUUCGCCAGUGAGAGCCAAGCGUUUACUUUGCUGCACAUAGUCACUUGACUGGGGUCUCCUGACUGCGGCUCUGCUCAGUGGAAGCUCUUUAUCAGUCCCAGAGUCCUGGCCUGGUGUCGUGCAGUCCAAGGGGCUGGAUGGCAUGCUGGACCCAAGCUCAGCUCAGCGUCUGGGCCCAAUAACAGCUUUUCCAAGGGAGCAGCUUUCUGUCCUGGCCACACUGAGGUGCACAGCGUAAUGUCCAUGUUGUUCUACACUCUGAUCACAGCUCUUUGGAUCGGUGUCCAGGCAGAAGCGCACACCCAGAGCAAUGUCCCAGCAGGACACGCCAUCCCCCAAGCCCACUGGACUAACCUUCAGCACUCCCUUGACACAGCCCUCCGCAGAGCCCACAGCGGCCCGGCAGCCGCGAUAGCCGCCAGGGUGGCAGGGCAGACCCGCAAGAUCACCGUGGACCCCAAACUUUUUAAAAAGCGGCGCCUGCGUUCACCCCGCGUGCUGUUUAGCACCCAGCCCCCACCUGUGGCCGCGGACGCUCAGGAUCUGGACUUGGAGGCCGGCGGGGCCGCCCCCUUCAAUAGGACUCACAGAAGCAAGCGGUCUUCGUCCCACCCUGUCUUCCACCGGGGGGAGUUCUCGGUGUGCGACAGCAUCAGCGUGUGGGUGGGGGACAAGGCCACCGCCACGGACAUCAAGGGCAAGGAGGUGAUGGUGUUGGGAGAGGUGAACAUCAACAAUAGUGUAUUCAAACAGUACUUUUUUGAGACCAAGUGCCGGGACCCCAAUCCCGUCGACAGCGGAUGCCGGGGCAUCGACUCGAAGCACUGGAACUCAUAUUGUACCACGACCCACACCUUCGUCAAGGCGCUGACCAUGGAUGGCAAGCAGGCUGCCUGGCGGUUCAUCCGGAUCGACACGGCCUGCGUGUGUGUGCUCAGCAGGAAAGCUGGGAGGAGAGCCUGACCGGCCGACAGCCCUCAACCUCUCCCAGCUCCCCCUCCACACUCUCCGGCGCCCCUCCCUACCUCAACCUGUAAAUUAUUUUAAAUUAUAAGGACUGCAUGGUAAUUUAUAGUUUAUACAGUUUUAAAGAACCAUUAUUUAUUAAAUUUUUGGAAGCA